AUGGCUGGAUCAUUAUCUGAUAACCCGAGGGGCAGGCAAGCGGUCGAGAUCUCUUCUGUCUUCACUGGUCUGGCUCUCAUCACCGUCGUCCUUCGACUGUACACGCGCUUCUUUAUAAUUCGCUGCGUGGGUAUCGAAGAUGCCGGCAUCGCUCUCGCAAUGCUCUGCUCCAUUGGCCUGACAAUCGCCAUUGGUAUCCAGGCCGAAUAUGGUAUGGGCAGACACAUUAAAACAAUCCCAGACGAUCACAUGGUCAAGUUCUUGAGGGUGCGACGCUCUCAACGUGUACUUCAGGGCACUGCUAACAUAAAGCGACAGACAUUCUGGUCCAGUCUCAUCGUAUACUACCUGUCACUCGGUUUGACCAAAGGAUCAAUGCUCCUCCAAUAUCGACGCAUCUUCCCGACCAAGAAGUUCCAGAUCGCGAACUGGCUUACGAUGGCCGUUGUCGUCGCCUACACCAUCUGGACAGUCUUCUCCAGUAUCUUUACCUGCACACCUGUACGAGCUUUCUGGACUCACGAGAAGUCUACUUGUCUUAACCAAUUCGCCGUCUGGUUCACGAACGCCGCCAUCAACAUCCUUACCGAUUUCGCGAUCAUCCUUCUCCCUAUUCCGGUCAUCCAGAAGUUAAACCUUGGCAAGAGGCAGAAGAUUGGACUUAUCUCCAUCUUCGCUGUUGGCGGAUUGGGUGGCAGUAAGGCCCUGCGCACCAAAGACGACUACGUUCUAGACGUAACCAAGCGCUCAAAUGGCUCGAGCGAGGACGCGAGAGACAUCCAAGUCGUUACGGACAUUCACGUAGAGGUGGAUGGUGCCGAUGGGAGGAGGCUGAGCGGUUGGAGAACACCCGCUUCUCAGGCCACCUGGGCGGACGAUAUAUCCCGCAAGGAAACACAAAGGGAGAACAGCACCGAGAUGCUGGUAGACGAAAAUCCGCGUGUGUCGAGGUAG